CACACGGUCGCUUGGUCAGCGCGAGCCCCUUCCCCAUCUAAGGCAACGGGUUGGGCACACUUUUUGCAUCACCAUCGACCAAAACGCACCACCAGCCUUGCCGACAUUACCCGCUCUCCAUCUCGUUCCAGCUGGCAUCAAGAUGGGAAGCAACGGCGAGGACUCGCAAUCGCCAAACCGCAAGGCCCAGACAGGGGAUGCGACCGACAAGCCCUCGACCCCCUCUAGGAAUCCAGGGGGUGUCAACUAUUCGGCUUCUACUGGAUCGCUGCUCACUCCCCCCAGCAAGUCCUUGACCACAGGCCGACGACCCGACCCUGGUCUGAGGCUGGGAGGCUUCACUCAGCUGGACACUGAUAUCCCCGACUCGGACUCGGACGAAGAAGGACAGGAGAGGUGGAAAUCUGGACCCACGACGCCUUCGAUUGCAGAGACCGCUGCUCAGCUUCGUCGUAGCUUGUCGGUGCACGGACUGCACGAGCUUGCACAAAAUCCGGCGCAGAUCAGGCACAAGCUGUGGAGACCGGCAGAUGACCCUGCGCAUGUGCCUCACGACUAUGAGCGGGUCAUUGUCCAUUCGUUCCGGGGAGGUCUGCGCGCAUGGCUCUUCGCUUUUGGAUGUCGAGGAACGGUCAUGCUUCUCUUUGCUCUGGUCAAAGCUUUCCGAACCAAGAAAUGGAAGACAAACCCCUUGGUCCUGGCGUUCUUCGGUCCGACCAACGUGCGCUUUGCAUCCGUCUUUGGCCUUUGGACGCUGAUCUACAAAGCUGUGCACAAUGGUCUUCGCCUAGUCACACCGAUGCCCGAGCGUGUUCCUCGCCGCAAGCGCAGCGCUAGCGGAGAUGGCACUGCAAGUGGGAGCGCGACUCCUCGCAGCGGGUACUCUGAGCUAGAAGGCAAGACGGGGGAAGAGAGAGCGAAGCUGAAAAACAACCAAAAGAAGCGUGCUUUCAUGCGCGACCCUCGAUCGAAGGUGUGGCACGCGUACGUCGCAGGUGCCCUCUCCGGUCUGGCCAUCCUCGCAGAAGCACCGGGAAAUCGCAUCGGAUUGGCUCAGCAGCUAGUGGUGCGGGGCUUAGAGGGCACCUAUAACGUGGCCCAUGGGAAAGGUCUUAUCACCAUCCCGUAUGGGUCCGUCUUGGCCUUCGGUCUGGCGUGCGGGCAGAUCAUGUACGCUUGGAUCGAUGCACCGGAUUCGCUCCCGCGGUCCUACGUCAAGUGGAUCACCGAAGCGUCCAAGGUCACGCCUAUCUGUCUCAAGGUGCAUCGCGAUCACGAGGAUGUGGUCACCAACGACUGCUUCGAAUUGUUCCCUGGCGGCAAGUUCCCAGACCUCAUCAAGAUGCCGAAUGGAAAGAUGCGCUACCCCAACCUUCCUGCCACAAAAGCAAACAGGCGCGGCAUGACGGGAAAGAAUGUCGCGAAAGUGGUUGCGUGGAAGGAGCGCACGGAUAAGGGCAAGCUGGACCCCUUUGUGCCCUGCUGUCUGGUCCAUCCCUGGGAGGACAGUCACUGGUGGAGUCCAGUAGACCGAUUUGUAGAGGUUACUCGCUGGAUCCUGCCAGUGUAUGCAACUCUGCACUUUGUGCCUGCCAUCUUCUUGCGGAUGGGCGCGUUCAGAAAGGACCCUUGGCGGAUCUUGUCGCGAGCCGCCUUUGGCUCUCUGCGAUCGUCCUCCUUCCUGGGCGUCUUCGUCAUCAUCUUCCAGACGUUCUUCUGCGGCUGUCACUCCAUUCUGUCCUGGCUGGACAAAUUCCCAUCCAUCCGGGACAGGGUCCCUGGCUGGUUCAUUCACGCCCUCACAAAAGGAGAGAUGCAUUGGUUUGCGGGUUUCCUGACCUGCUUUUCUCUUUUCAUCGAGCAUUCCAAACGUCGCACAGAGCUCGCGAUGUACGUCCUUCCCAAGGGCGCAGAGUCUGCUUGGUCCGUAGCGCGAAAGCGUUCUUGGGUUCCAUUCGUACCCGGUGGCGAUCUGCUGCUCACUUCCGCAGGCAUGUCGCUGGUCAUGGGCACCUACGCUCAAAGCCCCGAGCACCUCUCAGGCAUUGUUCGCCGCGUUGUAUAUCAGUUCGUUGGCCACAACUAGAGUGUUCCCGCACAACCUUCCCCUGUCCCGCCCAUGCCGAGGCAUCUCCCCAAUGCACCCUCC